AUGACACGAGCCUCCUUUCUGAGGCCGAGCUCCUUUUUGAAGCCCAAAGCUCCCGCCAACAUCAGAACAAAUGCCACCACCGAGGAUAACGUCCCGAUGCACUACAUCCCGUCCCCGUUGUCUAGAUCGGGGAGCAAUUCAAACGCGAGCACGCCGACCGUCGUUGGCAGUGGUGCCAGCACACCGGCUACCCUGUUGGGCACGCCUGAACUAAAAACGCCCAAAAGCGCCGUUCCGAGACUACGACGAACCUCUCUCGACCGCCUACUGGACUCUGGACAGCUCAACAAUAUCAAGCCUCGAGAUUUGAGUAGGUUGGAGAAAGUUCAGGUUUGGAUGACCAACCAGGGCGCCUCGUACGUUGUCAUCGGCAUUUUUGGUCUGGUUGAGGCGCUCCUCUUUGCUUUGUUCACCGUUCACUAUCUCUACAAGGACAAUCUGAGCACCAAUCGAAAACUUUUUGGAUGGACAUUCAUUCUGUCCCGUGCAUCAGCAGAGGUGCUCCAGUUCAACGUCGCGCUCAUCCUGUUCCCCGUCUGCCGGACCCUGAUCUCAAUGCUGCGCGAAACACCACUCAAUGGUCUAAUUCCCUUCGACAAGAAUCUCACCUUCCAUAAGCUCAUCGGCUACUCGAUGGUCGUCUUUACCACCCUACAUGUUGUUGGACACUGGAAUAACCUCGGACGGCUGGCUUCAAAGUACAACCUCGGCUUCGUUGGGUUCCUCAAGCUCAACUUCCUGACUGGGCCAGGCUGGUCAGGCUACAUCAUGCUCUUUUGCCUGCUCGCGAUGACCAUCACUGCCAUUGAUCGUGCCCGGAAGGCCAACUUCGAGCGCUUCUGGUACACUCAUCACCUUUGUACGGUCUUCUUUGCCUUCUGGUCCGUCCAUGGUGCGUUCUGUGUUCUGAAGAGAGACAUUCCAACCGAAUGUGCUAGCACCGGCAACUUCUAUCGGUGGUGGGUCCUUGGCGCCUUCAUCUAUCUGCUCGAGAGAAUCGCACGUGAGGUACGGGGUACCCACACGACUUACAUCUCCAAGGUCAUCCAACAUCCCAGCGAUGUGGUCGAGAUCCAGAUGUUCAAGGAAAAGACCAAGGUCAAGGCUGGGCAGUAUAUCUUCAUCAACGUCCCGGCCGUGUCGGCAUGGCAGUAUCACCCCUUCACUCUAACCUCUGCACCUGAGGAGGACCAUCUUUCAAUCCAUGUCCGUAUGAUCGGCAAUUUUACAAAGGAGCUUGGCAAAAUGCUGGGCUGUACCGAUCCGAAAGUAAAAUCUGGUAAGCGACCUGGACCUCAGCGUGCUUUCACGGUCAUGAACCGCAAAGCCAAUGGCGCCAAUGCACAUGGGCCCCAGCUAUUUCCAAACAUUUCACUUGACGGGCCCUACUCGACUGCUUCAGAGGAUGUCUUCAAAUACGACACGGCUAUUCUUGUCGGUGCAGGAAUUGGCAUUACUCCAUUCGCCAGUAUCCUUAAAAGCACCUGGUACAGAAUGAGCAACCCGGAUCUCUGGGGCAAGAAUCGCCUGCGAAAGGUGUACUUCUUCUGGAUCUGUCGCGACUUUGGAUCACUGGCUUGGUUUAAAAGCUUGUUGUCCGCCAUCGAGGAGCAGGAUAAGAUGCGGCAAAUUGAGGUUCGAGCCUAUCUUACAGCAAAGAUCUCUCAUGAAGAUGCUCUCAAUAUUCAGCUUAACUAUGAAGAUCGGGACCCUGUCACAGGCCUGAUCACCCCUACAAAUUUUGGCCGCCCCAACUGGGACAUGGCGUUCCGCGGAAUCAAGAAACUACACUCCCCGGGCGAGGCAGGCGUCUUCUUCUGUGGACCCGAAGGCUUAGGCACGGAAUUGGCACUUAAGUGCAACCAGUACUCAGAGCCAGGUGAUGCUGGCUUUGAGUUCCAUUUCGGCAAGGAGAACUUUUAG